AUGUUAUAUUCUUCUUUUCCUUCAUCGGGUUUCUUCCUUUAUUUUUUCCUUCCUUCCUUCCCUCCUUCCUUCUUUCUUUCUUUCUUUUUUCUUUCUUUCUUUUUUCUUUCUGUCUUUCUUUCUUUCCCAAUUUCUUCCUUCCUUUUCUUUCUUUCUGUAUUUAUUUAUUUCUUCCCUUAUUUCUACCUUUCUCCUUACUUUCUUUCUUUCUUUCUUCCUCUUUCCUUUCUUUCUUUCUUUCUUUCUUUCUUCCUUCCUUCCAUUUUCCUUCCCUUAUUUCUUCCUUCCUUUCUUUUUUCUUUCUUUCUUUCUUUCUUCCAUUUUCCUUCCCUUAUUUCUUUCUUUCUCCUUCCUUUCUUCUUUUUCUUUCUUUCUUUCUUUUUCUUUCUAUCUGUCUUUCUUUCUUUCUUCCUUCUUUCCUUUAUUUCUUCCUUCCUUUUGCCUUCCCUUAUCUCUUCCUUCCGCCUUCCUUUCGUUUUCUUUCUUUCUUUUUAUUUACACAGUUUCAUAUGUUUGUACUCCUAA